AUGAUGAAGCCGAAACAAUUAAAAAAUAAGUACCUUGUACAUUAUAAGAAGCUACCAUCUAACUUUGGUGCUGUAGAAAAAAUUAGACUGAGCCUUGGUCAAGAACAACAUGAUAGACGCAAGAAACAUCGAAUAGAUGAAUUCAAGAAAAAUCGAAUUAUUGCUUCACCUUGUUCAGUGACAUCGGAAAAAGACGAAUUUAGAGCAAAAUUAACGAAUUGGAAAGAGAAGCAAAUAAGAGAAAAGAAAGCAAAAGAAUCAAAUAAAAAACCUCCAUUUGUAGUUGGCAUCGUUCGUCAUCGUAUUUAUUCCCCGAUAUCAACAAACUCAAUGACAUCUGGAAGAAAGAAGAAACCAGUUACUCAAGAGCACAAAAACUCCAAUGUUAUAAAGAGAAUUACAAGAGUUACGGAAAAGCGGCUACAAGCUAAGAUAGCAAAAACUGAAAUAAAACAAAAACUGCUUACAACUCUGACCAGGACAAAUCCUAACCUAAAGUCGGAUAACGAAAUUGAAGUCAACAAAUCGUUUGCUCCUUCUAAUUAUAAAUUUAAUCCGCCCGCUGAAUUAUCAAUAUUCAGAACAUCUUUAUGUGAAAAACCAUAUACAGAAAGUAACUCCUUAAAGAAAAAUAAUGUGUUCGCAUUUGAUACUUCAAUGGAAGACGCUCACCAGAAAUCAGCUUCUCAUAAUUUUGAUUUUGUAGAAUCGAUCACGUUGAAGAUAUCACCAAUUGAACCGGUAACUUCAGAUUUCUCGCCAAAAAUGCGAACAAAUUCGAAAUUGAAUAACAACGAUGAAAUUCCACCUUUAGGAUUCUCUGCACAUAUGCUUUCAGAUUCGUCAGGACUAUUUAAUACAAAACUUACAAUAAGAGACGAUACAACAAACAAUUCUGAUGUGCCAGUAAAAGAAACGAAAUAUAAUGUUAUAUAUUUUAAACGUCUGUUAUAUAAAGAAGAAAAUAGACUUCGAAAACUUUGCAAAAAAUGGAUAGAAAUUCAAUCGCAAACAGAUGAUGUAGAGGAUAUUUAUUACCAAAUUAAUCAAGCAGUAGGACAAACAACUAUAUUAAUUAAACAUAAGUUUAAACAAUUUUAUAAUUUAAUAUUAGAUUGCGAGAGAAAAGAUUGUGAAGUAUUGGUAACUUGUAUGGACUUACAUGGAUUUUGGGACACGAUGUACCUACAAGUAAAGGAUUGCGAUUCACGAUUUGCAAAAUUGGAAAAACUUCGUGCUAAAUGUUGGCAAGAGGAUCAGUCACUUUUUAUAAAAUCUACUGGAAUUAAGAAAAAGGCAAUUAUUAAAAAAAAAGCUACACCAGUAAAUCAAAACUCACUGAAAAAAAUAAGAGAGAUUCAAGAUAAUGAGAAAAAAUCAUCACAGGAAAUAAUAAAUAGGAAUAAUAAAUGUAUUAUGCCUCACAUUAGUAAUAAAAGAGCUGUAAAUGUUUCUGGAAGAAGGUCUAACGUAUUGCGUAAUAAAACAUAUUCUAAAAUAUCUACGAAUUAUAUACAUACAUCGACACCAUUUUCUGUCGAUACGAAAUUAAACGCUUCAAAUCGGAUGAAUACCCCUCUCAUAACAAUGAAAGUAAGUCAAUCUGUUAAAAAAAUUUUCUCAAAUAAGAUUUUAGAGACAAAAUCACUUGACAGAAGUUCAAGACAUCUAAAUAAAAUUGUAAAAAGUUCUUGUGGAAUUUCGAAAAAUAAUUUGUCUACACCUCGCAGUACACCGCUAUUUCAUGUCAUCAGAAAUAUCAAUUUUAAUAUAACACCAAGUAAAGAUCGAGUAACAAAAGAGCAUAAUUUCAAUAUAAAAAGAUCUUGA